CCCCAGAUCACUUUUUUGGAUUGCGACAACACCCGACGACAUUGGUCUCAGUAGCUGUUCCUCCGUGACAGCAUAAAAACUCAGUCAAGAUGCAUCCUCUUUUGCAUACCAAGGACAAUGCCGCCUGCCACGACGUCAUGGUCGCCUUCGAAGAAUGCCACGCCCGCGGCUUCCUCUGGAAGUCCAUGGGCAUGUGCAACGAGCUCAAGGAGGAGCUGGCGGCCUGCCUGCGCGCAGAGCGAUUCAAGACCCAGAAGAUCAACCAGAGCAGCGUGGCGGACAAGAAGGCCAUCAUCCGACAAAAGUGGAAGGAGAUUGAUGAGAACUCCUAA